AUGGCGAAAGCAUCGUGCGGGAAACUGGGUUACUUUCAGGACAACUACACGGAACAGCUGAUAAAGCAGCGAUCACAAUGCAAAUCUCCACUUAUUCAUCGAGGCUACUGGUCUCGGGUCGAGGCCAUUCGAAAAACUGUCCUUCAGUUUCUGCAGCGAGCCCCCAGUGGUCCAGUGCAGAUAGUGAAUCUUGGUGCCGGCUUCGACACCAUCUACUUCUGGCUGAGAGAGGAGUCAUCGAGAUGGAGGGACGACCUUGUGUACUUCGAAGUAGAUUUUCCCGAGGUGCUCAGCAAAAAGAUCAGCGCGAUCAGCAAGCGUCAGGGUCUUUGGCCGAUGCUGGACGUGUCGGCUCUGGAGGACUUGACUCGAAGAAGCUCCUCUGGCAUGAAAGAAAUCAGGACAAGGCACUUCCGACUCAUCCAGGCCGACAUGCGUGUAGUUCCGGAGAUGAAUGCUGCCCUUUUAGAUGCGGGGUUUCGAGGCGACGUGCCCACUUUGUUCAUGGCAGAGUGCGUUCUGGUGUACAUGCAGGCGUCACAUGGUGAUGGCAUAAUCGCGUGGGCGGCUUCCUCGGUCCCUUCAGCGCCUUCGGCCAUGGUCAUGUAUGAGCAGACCAAUCCUCACGAUCGCUUCGGCAAGGUGAUGGUGCGCAAUCUUGCAGAGCGCGGCUGUCCGUUGCUGUCUGUCUUCGAUUAUCCCUCAAUGGAUGCGCAGAAGUCGCGCUAUCUGGAGAGGGGCUGGAGUUGCUGCACGAUCGCCGACAUGAACGAAAUCUACAGUCGUCAUCUCGAUCAAAAAGAGGUCGAGAGGAUUCACAAGAUCGAGCUGAUGGAUGAGUUCGAAGAGUGGCACCUGAUUCAGGGGCACUAUUUCGUUCUUCUGGCGACACGCACCGGGGCGAAGGACUCCGGUCAAGACAGCUGGGUUCACGACCUGGGCGUCUUUGUGUCUGCUGGUGAAGAGAACUGA